AUGGCUCUACCGUACGACGACGAUUUCGAGAACAAUAACCCGUUUGCCGAGCCCGAGCCGGCACCGCAGCCACCGCUGGUGGACGAGGUGACCAAGGCGAUGGAACAGAAGCGCCAGGAACACGAGCGGGCUCUCCAGGAGCAAAGGGAGCGCGAGGCAAGACAGCAGCUCCAGGACGCCGCCACCGCCGCCAAUGACGCCAGUGAAGCUAGCAACGACACUACCGCUACCGAUACCGAUUUGACAAGCGAUGAAUUCACGGAAAACUUGCCGGAACGAGUGCUCAAACAGAUUAUCCCCGAACGGUUAGCUAAACACCAAUUGAAGUUUAAACUUACGGCGAUUGAGAAAAAUCGACCGGGGAACCCCAUUUUAAAGUUCAAUGCUUAUGUGGCGGGUCUCCCGAAAUUCAGACAAAAGCUGUAUAAGGAUGUCCGGCGAACCUAUGCGGAAAUGGUGAAGUUUAAUAAGUAUUUGACUGGGGCCAAUCUCGAGUGUUUUGUCCCGGUUAUCCCUCCAGCACACACUGCUUACACGGGAGAAGAAGGCCACCAUUACCUUAUGGAAGUGUGGCAAGAGUGGUUUGACCGGAUCCUGGCUAAUCCGAUUGUUAUCCGUGACGAAGAGUUUGUCUAUUUUGUCGAGAAUGAUUUCGGUUACCAAGUGAUUAAUAACAAUAAGAAGCUGGCGGUACCUAGUGGGUUGAUGAGAAAGACGUUGAAGCAAUUAGCACCUCCUUAUGACCCGAUUGGGCCCCUUGCUCUGUUUCGUCCUCAGAUUAAAGGAGCUUACUUAACGUUACAAAAACUCCAUAAACAGCUUGACCGCAGAGCUAAAGCGGAAAAGCAAGUGCUGGUACACGUAUACGACUUGGCCAAUAAGCUCCAGCUCAUGGGGCUGGCGGAACAGACCCACCCGGGGAUGAAGAACUUAUGGGACAAGCUAGCGGCGCUCACGGUAAAGGAGCUGGACCUCAUGUUGACCGAUGCCACCAACGAGAUGGGAGCGCUUGGCGACGGCCUCUAUCUGAUGCUGGAGGACUUUUUCGAGAUUAAAGAGGCGUUGACUAACCGUCACUUGAUUAUGAGAGAAUUGAAUACUGCUCAAGGUCAAGUCGAUGCCAAGCAACUUCAAGUGAACAAGAUGAAAGCCAAGACGACGUUAGACCCGUUACGCGUUGAAGAAAGCUUACGCCUGCUUGAUUACGCCACCAAGACGAGAGAUUCUAUGGCUCUACAAGUGAGACGUAUUCUGGGAGAAAUGAUCAUUGAACGGAAACAAGUAUUGGAACACACCGAUAUUACACUUAAACGCAUGCUUCGCACCUAUACGUUAAAGAAAGUGAACCAUCACCGCCAACUUUUGAAGCACUUAGAGCUGAUAAGGCUUGACGUGCGGCUUGUCGAUGCCAAAGGCGGGUUAUCUCGUUUGAACAGAGAUAAUCUCAGCAAUAUCAAACACAAUUUGCCUCAGUCGCAGCUGGAAGGCGGCGACGCGUGGUCACUGCGCACGUUCCGUCUGCUAGAGGACCAAGGCGCCGUGGCCCCGAAAAAGCGGCUGCCGAGACAUAAACUCGACGCGAGAAAUGCUGCCGAAUUGCUCGGGGUGGCCACAUUCAACCCCCCCACGAUAUGA